UAAGGCUGACCGGAAGGGGCGGGGUUUGUAGCCACUUACUUGGUAUACUUGGCAGGGCCGCCUGCAGGCAGACAGACGGAAAUGUUCUGCGUUGUUGCCGGAAGUAGGAAGCUGGGGCUCUAAUGGCGGCUGCGACAGAAGUCGAGACUGCUCAGGUGGGCAUCGCAGAGGAGGGGUCCUGCACGGCGGCGAAGGAACUCGCUUCUCAGAAGCGCGAACAGAGACUGCGAAAAUUCCGGGAGCUGCAUCUGAAGCGGAAUGAAGCUCGUAAAUUAAAUCACCAGGAGGUUGUGGAAGAAGAUAAAAGACUUAAGUUACCUGAAAAUUGGGAAGCCAGAAAAGCUCGAUUGGAAUGGGAGCUACAGGAAGAAGAAAAGAAAAAGGAAUGUGCAGCCAGAGGGGAAGACUACGAGAAAGUGAAGUUGCUGGAGAUUAGUGCAGAAGAUGCAGAAAGAUGGGAGAGGAAAAAGAAGAGGAAAAACCCUGAUCUUGGGUUUUCAGAUUAUGCUGCUGCCCAGUUACGCCAGUAUCACCGGCUGACCAAGCAGAUCAAACCUGACAUGGAAACAUAUGAGAGACUGAGAGAAAAACAUGGAGAAGAGUUUUUCCCAACAUCCAACAGUCUUCUUCAUGGGACACAUGUGCCUUCCACAGAGGAAAUUGAUAGAAUGGUCAUAGAUCUGGAAAAACAAAUUGAAAAACGAGACAAGUAUAGCCGCAGACGUCCUUACAAUGACGAUGCAGACAUUGACUACAUUAACGAGAGAAAUGCCAAAUUCAACAAGAAAGCCGAAAGGUUCUACGGGAAGUACACGGCUGAAAUUAAACAGAACUUGGAAAGAGGAACAGCUGUUUAAUUCUUGUUUCUAGAAGCUGAAGAAUGGAGUGGAAAUUUCUGCUCGCAAAUUGAAGCUUUCUUUUAUCAGUGACCCAGAACGUAGUCUAUGCCUUCCUGUUCAGCAUUUUGGAAUAAUAAAUGUUUUUUCUUAAAAGUGUACUUCUGUGUAUAUUGCCACAGUUUUGUGCUAGAAUAAAAGACCUAUUUCUUGUAGCAAAAUUGUUUUGUAACACCUAAUUUGUAUAAGUCCUGACUAUAUUAUUUUUCUAUGUAUUUUAAGUGUGUAUAAUUGUUUAAUCUUUGAGACAUUUUGGGCUCAACAUUGCCAGCAGUGCACAGAAACACAGUCAUUAUUGCUUUGAAUAUUGUUUAUGGGUUUCACAGAGUCUUGAGCUGGCUCUGGAUCCGUUGGGGUCAGGACUGAAGGUGGCAGUGGCCCUGGGAGUUGCCAGUAGUGGAUCCUGCACAGGACCAAGUGUGGGGAGCAGCGGGACCAGCCUCACUGAGUGUCUACCAUGGGCACUUCUUUUUAAGCGAGCAAUAAAGUGCUUUGGAGUAGAGUCUGCACUAAUUAUUAAGACAGAGGCUGGGGGUGUAACUCAGUGGUGGAGCGCUUUUCCCCGGACAGAGUCCCUACCCCUGGGAAAUACAUCUAUGUGUGUAUUAGUGAAUCCUAUAUACCUAGUUCCCGUGUUCUGUGUCAACUCAUGGUCACUUGUUUCAUCUUUAUUUCUACCCACUUUGUCUAAAAUUGCUGUUACUUUGAAGCAAAUACUAGAUGUACAAUUUUAUAUAUAAAUAGUUCAGUAUGUAUCUCUGAAAAGAACUAUUAAAACACUUAAAACUA